GGGGGAGACGGAGAGAUGCUUGUGAGGAGCCGCCGGCUUCGAGAGAUUUGGCUUGGGGAGCCACCACACUGGAUUGCACCUGGGGAGGAAAGCGUCACACAUUUCCAGUGUUGUAGGGGGAAAGCUUCCACGUAUAUAUAUGCUUAUGCCAGGUUUUGUGGUGCACCAUUGAAAGUGAAUGUUAUAGAUCAUUUGUGGAGAGCACCAAGAGGGAGUGUACCAUUACUGGUAUCAAAUGACACCGCUAUUUCUCAGCCAGCAAAAAUACUAAACUUCUUAAGAAAGCAGAAAUAUAAUGCUGAUUAUGAGCUGUCUACAAAAGAAGGAGCAGACACACUGGCGUACAUUGCACUACUCGAAGAAAAAUUACUUCCUGCUGUACUGCACACUUUCUGGGUUGAAGCUGAUAAUUACUACAAUGUGACAAAACCAUGGUUUGCUUCAAGGAUUCCAUUUCCAUUGAGUUGGUAUCUGCCUAGAAAGAUGUCUGGGGAAGCACUUAAUAGGAUCUUGCUGACAAAGGGAGGGCCUCCGCUCUUCAGUCUCACUGAAGUGGAAGCACAGAUCUACAGAGAUGCCAAGGAAUGCCUAAAUCUUCUAUCGAACAGACUGGGGACGUCUCCAUUUUUCUUUGGAAACAUGCCUACAACUCUUGAUGCCUUUGUGUUUGGUUUUCUUGCUCCUCUUUAUAAAGUACCAUUCCCCAAAACCCAGCUACAAGAUCAUUUGAAGCAGCUUCCCAAUUUAUGUCACUUCUGUGAUGACAUUCUGAGUUGCUACUUCAGAUCAAACUUGUCAGGUGCCACUCCAGCAGGUCAAGACACAGUUGAUGAAAAUCUACAGAAACUCACACAGCUUGUAAACAAAGAAUCCAACUUAAUUGAAAAGAUGGAUGAUAACCUUCGUAAGAGUCCUCAGCACCCUCCACGUAAGCUGACAACUCUCAAACUUUCUACAGGUGGGGAAGGAAAUAGUUCACCAAACCGCUUAUCACCCUGAGAGUUUUAAUUAUCAUAUUUAUAUGUGUGAUUAGAAGCUGACAUGAAAUCUGAGCAAUCUUUGCACUAAUUCUGUAGGUACAUGAAGCGAGGUAAAAAUGUGAAUUGACAAAUAGGCACAAGCACAUUCAUUUAACCAAUGCCAUCUAUAGUCACAUAGGAACCAGUAAAAGUUUAAGUUAAGCACAGACAGAAUAAUUGUACAAUGCCGUAUGAGGUCACCAUAAGUGCUGCAUAACGCUUGCCUUUUAGGUUAGUUGACCAAAAGCUAAGAUUCCACUUUGGAAUAUGCAAAUGCAUCACCAUUUUCUGCUAGAUGCUUUUGAUUUUGGCUGCAAUCAUGUUAUAGCUCAACUUGGUUGUUGCAUGUGGAGUAGCUACUUAAGCAUUUGUAUAGAUUUCCAACGUGGUUCAAAUACAGAGAGAAAAUUAAAAUGUCGGUCUUUUUUGACAGGUAAGCUGACAAGCAGUUAGAAGGUAUUUGCCAUUUUGUUUUGUUUUUUCAAGUAAUGAUCAGUGUAUGUUGGCCAUUUUUAAAUUACUAUAGAGUUGAAAAACUAAACUGAUCACUUGAGAACAUCAAUUAGAAUUUUUUCAGAUUUGUUCUUAAUCAGGAAAAGGAUAAGCUUGACCAACUUCUGUGAUAGUAUGCCUACGUUCAAAAUGUCAGUUCACGGAUUGACAGUAUCAAUCAAUGCAUGUAAGAGGUCAAGUUAGAAACCCUGCUGCAGGCCAAGACUGAAUACGGUAUGUAGAAUUGGCAUUGUCUCACUUUACUUUGUCUGCCCCUGCAGAUUCAUUAGCUUCUUGUUUUUAUACAUUUAUCCAAUAUCAAACCCCCCAAUAAUCUAGAUUUUCCCCUCGAUUAGUAACUUUCAGUGUUGGGUAUAAAGAGAUAUUGCCCUGGCAUAAAGCUCAAACUGAACUGCCCAGUGCACUGAAAGCAAGCAAGCAAGCACAUACACUGUACAUACACUGGAACUUCUACAUGCGUGGGGAAGCCAUAGAUCAGGCCAGUGGCAGCAGAGGUUGCACAUGUGGGGCACUGUUGCUCUUCUAGCUGCCCAACACACUGGGCCACUGGCUUGCUGAAAAGGGAGGGGGAGGCACAGGGAGCCUGGCCCAGUACGUGGGAGUGGGAAUGUCAUAUUGACUCCACUAUCACAUGCUGCACUGGUCCAAGCUACCUGCAACUCACCCCUCCCCUCUCCCUCUCGGAAAGCACCAGAGACCUGCUAUGCUGGGAAGCCAGGUGAGCAAUGGUGCCCCACUACACCACUUCACCGAUUGUUACUAGAUCAGGCUGGCAAAUUGUUAUGAUCAUGGCAAAUGUAAUUUCAAAUUAUUAGCAGCUGCUAUCAAAUGGUCCAAAAGUUCCGUUAAUAAAUCAAGGUUUGCAACUUUGGGGCUGGGGGUGAGUGCCUCAAAAAACCAGGUGCGUUGGGAGUAUUUUACUGCAAGGGUUGCAUUCUGAAAACAGUGUUGACCUCUGUGCUAUUGCAGAGGCCUCCGUGGUGUGGGAUACCUGCCAGGUUUGAAGCAGCUCUUUAUGCACUGCUUCCAGGUGCCACAAAGCAGCUCUUAUGCACUGCUUCCA